CCAAAUAAGGACUUGGAUUAGUCUCUCGCCUUGCUGUUAGCUCACGACGAAGGUGUGUGGAUGAUUCUUUACGCAUCUUUCUCGCACACUCGUUUUUUGUUAAUAUCACCGCACCAACCGCUAAUAUCUUUCCACGUGUCAAAUAUCUGGACUAAGGCUUAUUAUUCCAAUACCACAACGCCAUGUCAUUCCUAUUAACAAAGGAAUGUAUCUGACGUGUCAGUUACUGAUUGGAUUACGGGCUACAGAUUUACACGACGUAUUCCACUGUCCUUGUAGAAAGCUCUUUUUAAGGAAACCCCCCCCCACUGACUCGAGACCCUUCGUUCGUUGCACACAAUCCUAACAAACUACCUAAUUCUUGGAUCAUGCAGAAUUUGAGACCCUUCGUUGCCAAGAAGAAUUACCGCGGAUGGAGAUCGAGUGGAAAUCGCCAGUCUCGCAGUUUCUCUUCAUCAUCACCUAGGGACCUACCAAAAAAUGAGUUGUCACCGAAGACUGAAGCAGCAUUGAAAGUUGGCCUCUUGGGUUUUGUGAUGUUUGAAACUGUGGCGACAGUGGUAGUUUUUCAAGACACUGAUUUGCCUUGGGAUGUUGCAGCCGAGAAGGGAAAACAAUUGGCACGUUACAGCGAAAUUAAUUAUUUCAAACCUAAUAAACAUCAAGUGGUGUUUUAUGAUGAUGAUUCCAGACAUCUACUCACAGACUUCACGGAUCAUGCAUCAAGUACAAUGGUGGUACCUCUUGCCGGUAGUUCUUAUAUGAAUAUUCAGAAAGGACAAAGGGCUCGAUGCAUGAGAGAGGCACUAGAUCGUGGAGCCGAGUUGAAAGAUCUUGCAGCCGCAACAGGGAAAAAAGUGGCAAUUUUAGUCGAUCUUAAUGUUUUCAAACCUAUUCAAGCUCAAGCGGUGUAUUACGAUGAUCUACCUGCUUUUUCCGGUUUCCCUGGUAUUAGCUUUGACUUCCCUCCGUUACCGUCUUUCGGGUUCCGGUUUCGCAAUUAGGCUUCCUCCAUUAUCGUUCCUCCCACCGUCGACUCAGUGAACGUGUCCCGUUGGAUAUGGAAUAAGCUCAUGCUAGUGUAUCAAUAAUGAAUAGUGGCUGUCCUCACAUGACUGCUUAAUCCCUUCCUUCUUCUUCUUCCUCUUCACUUCUCCAACAAGUUAUAUCGCUCAUUUAUGCUAAAUCGUGAUGUUUUGUAAUUCGUUUCACCAAUUUGAAGAUUCAAUUGAAGAAUUAUUUUCCUAA